AUGGGCCCCGACCUGUAUUCUAUGUUCCUAACUGUCCGCAACACUCUGGGUCGCUUAGUCACUUUGAUCGACGUCGCGGCUAUCAUUGCUGUCAUCUGGGCACUUCGUGGUGCCUUACGAGUUGCUCGAGGGACCUUCAUCACCACUAGGCUUCGCGGACCACCUAGAGCCAACCUCAUAUUUGGCGCAAUGAAACAAAUCAUCCAAUCACCAGAUCCUAGUGCUUUAUUCGAAACAUGGGCCAGGGAAUUUGGUGUAGUUUAUGAAGUCCCGACUACCCUUGGCGGGAGGAAGAUCAUGUUAUCUGACCCAAAAGCACUCGCACACUACUAUUCUCGGGAAACAUGGACAUAUGUACUCACAGAAGAUACCAGGCUUAUCCUUAGACGCACUGAAUUUUGUGGGCACAAGGCGAAGACUACAAGAGGCAGGCACGGGCAACGCAAAUCCUUGACACCUGCGUUCAGCCAAGCUGCCAUACGGAAGCUCACCCCCAUAUUCUUUAAUUCCACCCACAAAGCGAAAGCUGCAUGGGACACCAUGAUUGAUGCCAGUGGCAGCGAUAACAUUGUCAUCAAAGUCCAGAACUGGAUGAACCGUAUUUCGCUUGAUUCCAUCGGACUGGCAUGUUUCUCUCACGAUUUCGGCACCCUUGAUGGCAAGCCAGCUACAGUGACUGAGGUAUUUGAUACGAUUGCAUCAGCCCCGAAGGGAUCGGCCGUGGAUAUGGGAUUCAUCCUUCUCUCGGUAGUGUUCCCUUGGCUUAUGUAUUUGCCGACACCGAGGAUCAAACUGCUCCGUGGGAUGCAAGAAACUAUGGAAGAUAUCUCGACGAAGUUGCUAGCAAGGAUAAUGAGGGAGAAAGAAGAAGGAGUUCUUGAUGGCAAAGAAGAGAAGUCAAUCAUCGGAAUGCUGAUGAAGGCCAACGACUCGGACUCUGAUAUUCGAUCGUCUCCAGAGGAAGUCCUGGCGCAAAUGAAGAUCCUCCUUGCGGCCGGGUAUGAAACGACAUCUAUUUCCAUGACAUGGGCUUUGCUUGAACUUGCGAGGAACCCUGGCGUACAAAACAAACUGCGCCAGGAACUCUUAGCAUUUGGUGGAGAACCGACAUACAACCAGCUACAAAGCAACUUACCGUAUCUCGAUGCUGUGGUACACGAGAUCCUGCGAGUCCAUCCUCCUGUGACGGACCUUCUUCGUGUGGCGGUGGAGAAUGAUAUUAUCCCUCUCUCAGAGCCUGUUGUAACUAAGUCUGGCGAAGUCGUCAAUAGCCUCACUGUAGCAAGUGGCACUCAUAUUGGAAUACCUAUCGCCUCUAUCAACAAAUCUACCGAAAUAUGGGGAUCAGACGCAAAGGUGUUCCGACCAGAACGCUGGCUGGAGGAAAAUGGCAUUCCAAAGAAGGCACAAGAUAUUCAGGCAUACCGACAUCUACUGACAUUUGUGGACGGCCCAAGGACCUGCAUUGGCAAAGGAUUUGCGCUGACCGAGUUCAAAGUGGUAUUGUCAGUGCUGGCGAAGAACUUCGUGUUUGAGAUGAGAGACGGACCCGAUACAAGAGUGGAGCUUGUAAUGGGAGUGUUGCUGAGGCCUAGGAUAGCUGGAGAACAGGGUAGUGAUGUGCCAUUGCGUAUACGCCGUUACGAAGGAUGAUGGACACUUCGAGUUUGCGUUGACCGGUGAUAAGCUAAAAUAUGUUUUUUCUUUCUUGCGACCAUACAACAUUUGAUGUAUCGUAACUUGUAAAGUACGUUGCGACAAGUAGCUGAUUGAUAUCAUGGUACGGUGAAAGUUGAGAAUGAUCGUAAUAACCGAGUUCAUCUUCAGGAACCAGGUUG